CACUGUAGCAAGCAAAUGCAGCACUGACAAAUGAACAAAACACGGGUAGGGAGUUCACUUGAUGCUGGAAGUUUACGUCCAGCUUUGUGGACAAAAGAGGAGCAUUACACAGUGGACAUGUUCCUCCUUUUUUCAUCAUGAGAGCAGCUUCCUGAGAGAGAUGUUUGCCACAACAUGAUGUGAGUUGGGGCCGGAGCAGUAGACUAAAUGUCACUGGACAGAAGAAGUUUUCUGAUGGUUGCUCAACAAAUAGAUACUCUUUCUCUGACGAAGGUCUG